UUCCAUAUUGCAUAAGGCCAAAAUUGGCCCGUCAAAAAUGUUAAGCUGCGGUAGAGUUAUAGGACGAUUGCCAAAACUUACAAGGCAUUCACAUGCUAAUCAUUUUUAUCGACCUCUAAAAUACGUUGGAAUUGUUAGUAUUCAUAAUUUAUGGUAUAGUAGCAAUACAAAUGACAAGAAAACAUACAAGUAUCCAGGCACCACCAUAAAGCCAGAAGAAUGUGUACCUGAAAGUAGGUAUUCCAAACCAAAGAGAUCUAUCCCUUUAUGUGAAUCUCAUCCUAAUGCAUCUUGUCCACCAUCUUGUUAUGAAGUUUGCGGAAAAUCAGAUGAUUCUCAGAAAUCAAAUGACAAGGAACCACCACCACCACCAUAUUGGAAGAUAUUGGCAACUUUACUCUUAGCAGGAGUCACAAUAUAUGUGAUAUCUUCCACGAAUUGGUUUACUGCAAAGAAAUCAGAUUCUCAGACGGAUGUAAGUAAGAAGAAACUGGAUGCAAGGAGACAGAGAGGAUCACUUGAGAAAACUAAAUCUCCAACUACUUCUAAGUCAUUCCCUUCAGAAAUACCUUAUCUUUUAAUAGGAGGAGGAACAGCUGCAUUUUCUGCAUUUAGGUCUAUUAAAUCUAGAGAUCCUAGAGCUAAGGUAUAUAUAUUUUAUGAGCCACCAGAAUUUUAUUCGGAAGUCAGUAAUUUAAAUGAAUCUGACAAAGGUGGUGUGGCUGUAGCUACAGGUUGGAAAGUUACAAAAAUUGAUGUUCCAAAUAAAACUGUGACACUUGAUGAUGGUUACACAAUAAAGUAUGACAAGUGUCUUAUUGCAACUGGUGCAUUACCUAAAAACCUUCCAGUUUUUGAAUCACUUCAAGAUGAAAUUAAAGAUAAAAUUGUAAGCUUUAGAACAAAAGAAGAUUUUCUCGAUUUAGAAGAUAUUGUGCAUAAUCCUAAAUGUAAAAACAUAGUAAUAAUUGGUGGCGGAUUUCUGGGAUCAGAACUCGCUUGCUCUCUGGCGCGUAAUUUGUCUGAAGAUCAAAAUGUAUAUCAAGUAUAUAAAGAAAAAUUUAUAAUGGAUCAAAUAUUACCACAAUAUCUAAGUGAAUGGGCAACAAAGAAAGCAAUAUUAGAAGGUGUUAAUUGUAUUCCUAAUUCUGAAGUUGAGGACUAUUCUUACAAAAGUGGACAAUUAUCACUCGUUCUUUCGGAAAAUCGUAUUAUUGAGGCUGAUCAAGUGAUUGUAGCAGUAGGCGUUGAACCAAAUACUGAUUUGGCAAAAGCUUCGCACUUAGAAACAGAUCCUGAAGUAGGCGGUUUCCUUGUUAAUGCGGAAUUAGAAGCAAGGAGUAAUCUUUGGGUUGCUGGAGAUGCAGCUUGCUUCUAUGAUAUUAGACUUGGUAGAAGAAGAGUAGAACAUCAUGAUCAUGCUGUAGUUUCAGGGAGAUUAGCAGGAGAAAAUAUGACGGGUGCAGGAAAACCAUAUCAACAUCAAUCUAUGUUUUGGUCCGAUUUGGGGCCCGAGGUUGGAUAUGAAGCAAUUGGUAUUGUGGAUUCAUCACUGCCAACUGUAGGAGUUUUUGUAAAAGCGACGGAGUCUAGUACUUCAAUAACAUCCAUUAGUAGUUCAAACGAAGCUAUUCAAACUUCAAAUAAGGAGAAAUUAAGUUCAAAAGAAGCAAAUGAUACGGUACAAUUAAACUCAGAAGAAAAAGAUAAAUCAAUAUGUACUAAGGAUUCAAAACCACCAACAGAGGUGGAACCUAAAAAAUAUGACGACUUUGGAAAAGGUGUCGUUUUUUAUUUACGUGAUGAUAUUGUGGUUGGCAUAGUUCUUUGGAAUAUCUUUAAUCGAAUGCCAAUUGCUAGGCAGGUACUUGCCAGAGGCACAAAAUAUGAUGACUUAAAUGAAGUAGCAAAACUGUUCACUAUUCAUGAUGACUGA